CUUUUUGGUGUUUACAAUAGCUGGACAGGACGUUCUAGAAGGAAACUGAAGAGGGCUCCAGCGUUCCUGAAAGCUUUCUGAAACUCUAGGCUGAACUAUGUGCUAGUUAACAGUGUUUAAAAAAAAAAAAAAAAUGAAUGCUGCUCCAACUUCAGAAAGUGGAUCAUAUUCCACAAACCACACAAGACCCUUCUUUUAUGCACAGCCAACAGUACAACAGCCUUUUCCAAAUCCAUGGUACCUCAGUCAUGCAUACAGUCCAUACUGUGUGCCUGCUCCAGGCUUCCGAAGUGGAAAUCCAUAUUUUCCAUUUUAUUCUGUUGCGCUCCAUGAGUACCCUGGAUUUUUUGUUCCACAGCAUCCAAUGCAUGCAAGAGUUAACAGAAGGCCUUAUUUUAAUGUUCCUUCACCUUCCCCUAUGUUUUAUCAUGCAACAAGAUUCAGACACUAUAGUGCUUCUGGGAAAAAAAUGGAAACAAAAGAAACACAGACUGAUCCUAGACAGCCGGAAAACAAACAAAAAAAGCAUCAAGAUAUCCAUGCAGAAACGAAAGGUUGUGAUGCAGGAAGCGUGGCCUGUGUUUCUUCUGGUGUAAGUCCAGAGACUGAAAGUACUUCAGAAAAACAAGAUUCAUCUGGAUCUUCCAUUGCGGUAGACAGACAGUUUCUGAACAAGAGCUCUUCCAGUUCUACACAGCAUAGAAAUCUUCCUACCGGAAGCUAUGCCUUUGAGAAGGAAGAAGUGAGGAUAGAAUAUGGAAACGGCUCUCCAGCCAUUCAGCUGUGGAAGUCCUUUAAAGAAACGAUCCCUUUCUAUGAUGUGGCAAGUGGUAAACCAGUCCCAGAGAAUAUAGUGCAGCGUGACUUAUUUUCUGUAAGUUCAUGUGAAGGAAUGAUAUAUGGCCCUCACGAAGGGGAGAAAAUGGUGCCAGGAGCUUCCUUAGAUGAGAGAAAAGCUGUUCUCACCUCAAAACAGAGUGUUGAAAUUGUGCAAGAAAAAGAGGUUCAAAAUAAUGAAGUGAAGCUGGAUGACGAAAAGCGGGCAAAAUCCCCCCCAGGUGAAGCCACGGCAGUGCAGAUCACAGACUUGGCAAGAUCUGUUAGCAUAGAUCAACCAGUGGUAAAGCAGGAUGUGGUAGUAGCUAAAAAAUCUAGCUCUAAAAAAUUUAUGGGGUCAAAAACUUCUCAAGAAAAGCCCAGCUUUAUUCAGCAAGCAGGACUACUUCCAUCUAGUAUGGAGGUAAUGAGUGACUUGAGUUUUCAGCAGAAAAAGCUGAAUCUAAGCCAUAGUACAACCCAUGAAAGUCAAACGGAUAAAAGUAUUUGGUGUGACGAAUCAAUUGAGAAGUACGUUCCCUCUAACAGUUGGCUGGCUUGUUUGGACAGUAUGGACAUAAACUAUAACUACGACCUUUGUUUGCCACAAAGGAAACGUCAGAGUGUGCUCAGUCUUUCUUCUGAUGACAUGUCCUCUAGAGAGGAAGGCUCAUCAAUUGAUAAUGCCCCAGUGUCUUAUUUUGUCCCUGACUGUGUGCUUCAGCAAAACCCAUAUACUUUCCAAAAAAGUACGGAGGGCUUAGAGAAAGAGAAAAUUAGAAGUGGUGGGUCCCUUAAUGAAGAGGAAGUGGUAGGAAGGGAGCAGAUGAACAGCUUGAAUGACCACGAUGUCAAAAACUCUUCAGCCAUGAAGAUUAAAGAGGCUUCCAGUAAAGGUAGAAAGCUGGGCGCCCUUCCUAGAUCUUCUAGUCAGAAAAGUAUCAAUUCUCCCAAGAAGAAAGUAGCUAAGAGUUUGUCAGAAGUUGAGGACUCUGAAGAAUAUUCUGUGAGGGGAGAAGGGGAGGAUGAAGAUGGAGAGGAUGAGGAGGAGGAUGAUGAUGAUGACAUGGAUGAAAUUGAAUAUUUCUUUCAAGAAGCCACUCCAUAUGGUAUCUUGAUGCCUAGUAAAGGAAAUUUUUACCAAGUUGGCCAGAGGGUGCUUUGGAAACCACCUAAAAAUGCUAUACCAGCUCAAUUAAUUAGCUGGCCUGCUCAAGAGAAAAUAAAAACUAGAGUUGGGCUUGGUGAAAACAUAGGUGUAGUUUACAGGUCAAAGGAGAAGGAACAAGAUGAAGUUGUAUACAGUGACUAUGGGUAUCAUAGAAGAAAGAGGCCUACGGCAAGAAGAGAAGGACUUGGACACCAGCGGACACUACAGAAAUUACUGGGAGGAAGGCUGUUAAGGGAGAACAUGGGGAUAUCACCUGAAGAGUAUUGGAUUAGAAGUGGUGCUAAACCCAAAUUUACCAGCCAAGUACGUGGUAGUCUCUCACCUCCAGCCAGGAGCAAAGAACAAGACUGCCCACCUCUAGUUAAACCAAAGAAGAAAAGAAUAGGCAAGCCACCUUCAAAACGCAGAGACACAAGAUGUGAGGUGGAAGAAGUGUGGGAGAUGCCCAAAAGCAGUGUACGCAAAGGUUGGUAUAUGGUGACAAGCUACAAAAAUGACAGUUACAAGCAUUUUUUCAUUACUGUCUCAGGGAAUGAUGGUUCUUGGUUUGAACUGGAAGCAUAUUGGAUAGCUUGUGAAAUAAUAGCAAAUGUUAUGUAUGCAAACAAGUGAGAGAAAACAAGCUAAACUUUGAAUG